UUUUCUGAUCAUUUUUACAAGAUAUUGUCAAGGCUUGGUCUCCCCUCCUCCAAUGCCCAAUGGAAGCUGAUGUAUCUCUUCCGUUAAAACCCUAAAUCUUCUCUGAUUUUCUCGAUAGAUUUCCUUCGUUUUCUAUGCUGCUUCUGCCGCGAACUUGCUCGUUGUAGGCGUUUCGAUCCGAUCGAAUCCGGGGGAAGCAUGAAUCGCACUACGAUUUGGGUUUGGUCUCUGCUGAUUAUUUCUCAGUUGGCCUCCGCGAAAGUUGUAUUGAUUGGGAAGAACAUCACUCUCUCCUUUGACGCCAUGGAAGCAAAUUUCACUCCAAUGAUCAAAAGUUCUGGUGAAUGCGGGGUACUGUAUGCGGCGGAGCCUCUUGAUGCGUGCUCGGAUUUGACAAAUACGGUGGCGAAAGGAUCGGAUGUUACUUCGCCUUAUGUAUUGAUCAUCCGAGGUGGCUGCGGUUUCGAGGAUAAAGUUAGAAGGGCUCAAAAGGCUGGAUAUAAAGCUGCUAUCGUCUAUGACAACGAGAACAAUGGCGUCUUAGUAUCAAUGGCAGGAAACCCAUCGGGUGUACAUAUACAUGCUGUAUUCGUCACUAAAGCAUCGGGAGAGAUGCUCGAAAAGUAUGCUGGCCGGACUGAUAUGGAGUUGUGGCUUGUCCCGAGUUAUGAAACUUCAGCAUGGUCAAUCAUGGCAAUCUCUUUUGUUUCUCUACUUGCAAUGUCCGCUGUGCUCGCUACUUGCUUCUUUGUCCGAAGGCAUCGGGUUAGACGCCGGCAUGUACGGUCUUCUCUUGGCGGAGGCUUUUCUCGCAUAUCUGUAGACUUGUUAAAACGCAUGCCUGUUCAAGUAUUCACGGGUGAUCUUGAAGAGGGCACUACUUCAAUUACAUGUGCAAUAUGCAUCGAGGACUAUCGGGUCGGGGACAAGCUCAGGAUCCUACCCUGUCAUCAUAAGUUCCAUUCUGCGUGCGUCGACUCUUGGCUCAGUAUGUGGAGAUCCUUUUGCCCAGUUUGCAAACGCGAUGCAAGAAUCAGCAACAGUGACCCGCCCGCGUCAGAGCGGACACCAUUGCUUUCUGCAGGCUCGUCCCCUUCAUCGUCUUUUCUUUUAACGGCCUCGAGAACCCCAUUGCAAUCAUCUUCUGAUCUACCAAUAGCUUUCACACACCAAUCUCCCUCACCCUCCACUACUCGGCUUCCCCACACAGUCCCCAUAUGUCUUCCCCACUCUCACUCACACGCAAACAUUCAGUAUCUGCAUCAGUCUCAGGGGUCUUACCGCCGCCGAUCCCCUCCUAUACCCGUGAGCCGGAGUUCAGCAGAUCUCAGGAAUGGCUAUUCCCGAAGAUCUUGCAACUCUCCGCACUUGGGUUCGUCACCUCAUUCCUUGGGUUACCCUCCCAUGUCACCUCUCAGCACGAGAUACACGUAUUGUAGGCCAAGCCCAAGCAAUGCCUCGCCUAGCAGGGUGCGGUCGUCGAGUUACAGGGCGUACCCACUUCAUCACAGUGAGUCGGCUGGAACAUUCUCGUCUUUUGCUUCAGCUAACUCUCUUCCAGACUGCUAACCCCGAAAACACGGUCACUGAACUUUCAACUCGGAGCGAAAGAAAUCCCGAGAAACACGACCGGCUUUCACCAGGUGUGCCUCCUCGAGCUCCAUCUAACUUUGGUUUGUGUACAUAUAGUGAUAAGAUUACCCAGUUUUCUUCUGUUUCCAGGGUGUGAUUCUUGAGCCGUGAUGUUCUGUAGAAUCUUUGUGUGAGAUUUGAGUUCAGAGUUUGGUUGGAGAGGUUUGGUGUGUAGAACUAUCAAAAGCUCAUAUGGUAAUAAAUUAAAAAUUAUUCA